AUGCCGCUCCAAAUGCAGAGAACAAAGAAGGAUGGAAGGAAGAGGACAUUAUCGACAGUGUCCAAUGUUACAAAUGUACAUGGUCCUGUCGCCAGUGUGAAAACUUCUGAGAAAGCGUCGCCUUCACAACAGGCUGGAUCAGAUCAAACAAAGCCACCUGCCAUUUCCGAGACCCAACCCCAGAAACCGGCAAGUUCGGCGAAGAAAGUACCUGAUGUAUUUCAAUUUCUUGACCAAAAUGACGACUCCUCGUCCGAAGCAACCUCGGAUUCGUCAGAGUCAUCAGAGUCGGACUCAUCAGAGGAUGAACAACCGACACCUCCACGACCAGUGCAAACUACCACCAAUAUCCAAUCCCCUAAGCCGCGGGCAAAUCCAGUUCCACAUGGGAUAUUGAUAUCAGGAGGCAAUGCGCCUGCAAAGAAUGCUGUUCCCUCGCCUCCAGCAUCGAAAAGCCCCAAGCAACAGCGCCGGCCCUCAGCACCCCACGCUCCCUCCACGGGUAAUCAAUUACAGAUAGCCCGGAAGCAAACCAACCGAAAGCCAAGUCCAAUCUCGACCAGUUACCCAACGUCUGGAAAGGGACAACUAGAACUGUCUCGCCCAGAGGGCUACUAUACAAGAGACGAGGCCGCUCUCCACAGACCACCACUGCCCCCAUCUCCCCCAAGAAGCCCCGAAGACGGUCUUCACCACACCACGCCAACAAAGAGACGAGACUCAACUACAUCCCAGGUCUCAUCAGGCUACGGGCUCAUCGCCUCACACCUAUCCAAGUCCACCCCAGAAGACAAACCCGGUUUCCCCCCUCUAUACCGACGCUUCGAAAGCGUCAACCACCGCGUCCUUCUCCACCUACAGGAUGAGAUCUCCCAGAUGGAAGAAGACCUCCACACACUAGACGAGUACGAGGAAAUGCACCGAAUCGGCACUGCAGAGCAAGAAGGCACAAAGCCCUUACCCGCUUCCAGACGCCGCGACUCCCAGGCCCAGGUCUAUUCAUCACUACACUACCGCCGCAUGGAUCUCAUGGGUGCCCUAAUCCAGAAGACCGAGCAAUAUAAUAAUGCCCUAAGCUCCUACAGCAAAGUCCUCCAAACCCUACCCAAAGCCUCAGAAAAAGACAUCGACGGCUAUCGCACCUGGAUGAAAGAAAAUCAUCCCAUCGCUUCAGCCGAAACUCGAUUCUUGAACCACGAUGCUGAUCUCGUGUCCCUGACGCCGCGACUCGCUGCAGGAGCCGCUGCGGCCCCUGUCUACGUUGCGAUCAUCAUUGCUUCCGGCGCACUGCUUCUACCGCUAUUGGCAUUUAGCAUGAUUGCCGAGUUUUCGGGCCGUCUUGUCGUUGUGACUGUCGUUGGCGGUGCGGCGGCUGCCAUUGCAGCGAAUUAUUCGGCUGGUGUUGAUACUCUUGUUGAUUCGAGGGAUGGGUGGCGGUGUGCUACUAUAUACUUUGGGUUCAUGACCAUCGCUGCCAUGUUCAUUCCCUAA